AUGGCUUUUUCAGCGAUUCACAACGAAACUCUAAGGUCCGCUUUAUGGGUCCCUAUACGGGUCAAUUCUAUACCCAGUAACGACUGCCCUGAAACUUAUCUUGCAAAAGCCGAAAUGAAAGUCACUUUGGACCAGGGACGUUUACCCGAAUAUCUUCAUUUUUUAUCCGAAUAUUUACUACCCGAAUGUCCUGACGUUACUCAUAAAGUUAGCCUGCAAAAUGAAAAUCUGUUAUUAGAAUCAAAGAGAAAUGUGGGCCCAAUGGAAUUGAUUUGGCCUUUUUCGUGCAAAUCAAUCCCCAAUUCUUCUCCUAAAGAUUUAUCAAUGUCUGAUUCUGAUGAUUAUGUUGAUAGUGCAACUGUGCUAUAUACACACUUCAUUCUUCCUCACUUAUUAGUAACGUCUGCUUAUAAUCAGCAACUCGAAUUAUUGCAUAAUUACAUCAAAUCAAAGGAGGAGCGAUUUAGUGAGACGGUUCGUCUAAUGUCAUUGAUGAGAUUGGAGACUUCGGGUAAAUCUAGCAAAAGUUCAGUUAACACUUCGCCGUCCUUUGAUCCGGAGAAAUCUUAUCAAGAAAUUGAACAGAUCAUCCAGAAUUGUAAUGUUUCAGAAAACAACGCGGCUUUAAAUGUUUAUAAUGACCCUAAUUUUUCAAGAUUAUUUAAAGCUGCAACAGAACGCGUUAUCCCUCAGUAUCGAUUCCCACAAAAUUCGGUUUUUUCUGAAAAUUUGUCUUAUACCUCAUCGGCUCCUUCACUUUCUGCUCUUGAAAACUUUCCAAUGUCUCAACUUGCAACCAUCAAACUACCAAGCCUUUCUGAUACACAACUUACCAGAUUAUUUACGCCGCAUAACGAUCCUCAAUUUCCAAGUUCACUCGAUGACCCUCAUUAUUCUUCACUAACUCCAUUGGAUGAUGAUGAUGAUUUUGUUGAAAUUAUUGAAAUUGGAGAAUCAUCGCCUGGAUUUACUUCACGGGCUUUGCAGUCACGUGUACAUACUAAUCCUAAUGGGCUGACACGUGACCUUGGUAAAUCAAAUGUGAAUAAUAAUAAGUUGGAUUUGGCUCAGCAAGAACGAGAACUUGAAAAAAGGCGACAAUUAAAAGAAUUGGCUGCCAAACAAGAGAAAUCAACAAAAAAACAAGAAGAAAAUGAUGUUUCUUCAAUAGAUUCCUCUUCAAAAAAUCCAAUACUUCCAACAAGCUUUGAGCAAUUGGGGCUGAAUUCAUGGUUAAUAGAAGCAUUAAAUGCAAUGUCUAUAAAAUUCCCAACCGAAAUUCAAAGUGCAUGUAUACCAAAAAUUUUAUUAGGAAAAGAUUGUAUAGGAGAGGCAAAGACUGGAAGUGGUAAAACUGCAGCUUUCGCAUUGCCAAUUUUACAAAAAUUAUCUGAAGAUCCUUUUGGUAUUUUCGCUCUCGUUUUAACUCCUACGAGAGAAUUAGCUAUUCAAAUUGCAGAUCAAUUUCGAGUACUUGGUAAGGGAGUAAAUCUAAAAGAAUGUGUUAUAAUUGGAGGUCUAGAUAUGAUGACUCAAGCGAUACAACUUUCGAGAAGACCACAUGUCAUUAUUGCAACUCCUGGAAGAUUAGUAGAUCAUAUUAAUAGUAGCGAUAUUAAAUCAAGUCUUAAUAAGAUUCGAUUUUUAGUACUUGAUGAAGCUGAUCGUCUUUUAUCGGAUACAUUCGCAAAUGACCUUAGUGUUAUAUUUGAUAAUAUUCCUUCAAAACGACAAACUUUAUUAUUUACGGCGACAAUGACAGAAAAUAUUCUAGCAUUAGAAAACAUUGAAGAAGACCCAGAAAAGAGGCCUUUCGUCUAUCAAAUUAAAUCAGAUAUAUCAACAGUAUCAACUCUUGCACAAUAUUACAUUUUCAUUCCAUCUCAUGUCCGUGAAUCAUAUUUAAUACAUCUUCUUCGCUCUGAAGAAUUCUUAAAUAAAUCCAUAAUAAUAUUUUGUGGACGUUGUCGAACUGCUGAAUUAUUACGUGUAAUGUUAGUAGAAUUGGAUAUUAGAUGUACUAGUUUACAUUCAACAAUGAGUCAAAAAGAAAGAUUAAAUAGUUUGGGAAAAUUUAAGGCUGAAGUUGUAAAAAUUUUAAUAGCUACUGAUGUUGGAAGUCGAGGUCUCGAUAUUCCUACCGUACAAGUUGUUAUUAACUUUGAUAUACCUAAGGAUCCGGCUGAUUAUAUUCAUAGGGUUGGUCGAACCGCAAGAGCUGGUAGAGGUGGUGUAGCAUUGUCUAUUGUUACGGAACGUGACAUAGACCUUGUUCACAAUAUCGAAGCUAGAAUAAAUAAACAAAUGGAAGAAUGGAAAGUUAGUGAGAAUAAGGUAUUAGAAAGUUUAAACGAAAUUGCUACAGCAAAACGAGUGGCUAUGAUGCAUCUUCAUGAUACAAAUUUUGGUAACGUUAAAGAAAUUCAAAAAAAGAAACGUGCAAUUUUGGAAAAUGAGUCUACUCAAUCACAUCAAAUUACCAAAAAUUCACGCAAAAAAUCAAAGACAAAAUAA